GACCCCAAAUUCUUGACACAUGCCAACCAAGAACAACACCACAACGCCUGAUCAUAAUCUCUGACUAGACUAAAUCUUCUUUCUGCAUAUCAGUCUCUCAUAUUAAUAUCGCAAUCAUGGCUCAAGAUCCUCGCGCGUUGAUGCAGAAGGCAGACAAAGCCGCAUCGGGAGCUGGAGGAGGAUUCAGUCUGUUCGGUGGACGACAAGAGAAAUGGGAGAAUGCCGCAGACCUAUACACCCAAGCCGCGAACGCUUUCCGAAUGCAAAACCAAAACAAAGAGGCUGGUCAAGCUUUCGAAAAGGCUGCCCAAAUUCAAACCCAGAAACUCAACGAACCAGACGAUGCUGCGAAUACUCUCACGGAAGCCUUCAAGGUAUACAAGAAGACAGAUCCGAUAGAUGCUGCACGAUGUUUGGAUGUAGCGAUCAACCACUACACAUCGAAGGGUAACUUCAGGCGUGCGGCAACACAUAAGCAGAAUCUGGCAGAGAUAUAUGAGAUUGAGCUAGGGGACCAGAAGAAAGCCAUUGAGAGCUACGAGUUAGCCGCGAGCUGGUUUGAGAAUGAUAAUGCUGAGGCACUUGCGAACAAACUCUGGCUGAAGGUUGCAGAUCUGGCAGCUAUGGAGGGAGAUUACUAUAAGGCCAUCGAAUUAUUCGAGAAGGUGGCUUCGACAGCCGUCUCGAAUAACCUUAUGAAGUGGUCAGUGAAAGACUAUUUCCUCAAAGCAGGACUCUGUCAUCUUGCUGUUGGCGAUCAAGUCGCUACAAACCGAGCAUUCGAGAAGUACAGAGAUAUGGACCCCACAUUCCCUAGUCAGCGAGAACAUCAAUUGCUGGUAGACUUGUACGAGGCAGUGGAAGCUGGUGAUCAAGAGAUGUUCGCCGACAAGUUGUUCCAGUACGACCAGAUGAGCAAGCUCGAUAAGUGGAAGACCGUCAUCUUGUUGAAGAUCAAGAAUUCGAUUGAGGAGAAGGGAGAAGACUUCUCGUGAUCAAGCAGCGGGUGGAUCAUUUCGGCGUUUAGGUUUCAGGUCCAACAUUUGUUGGUAGGAGGGUUUACAUGAUAGCAGCAUACAGUGAGACGUUAUGACACAUAACAAUACGAAGACUUUCUCAAGACACCGAGACAUCAAGUCGUGACUUGUUUACCUUCUCAGUAUGUAUUCAUCGCCAACUCGGUUUGUGUUUAUCAGUCAGUUGUUGAUGGAGGACUUGACUUCUGCCUAUUUGACUCACAUAUCUGCUCUCUGCUAUUCCCAUUAUUAUUUUUGUAGC